CCAUAGUAUGCAUUUGGGACCGCCGCGAUAUGCAUUGCUAUGCUAACCUAUAAGGUUCCUUUGAUAGAAGGACUCUGGCCACGCCCAUCAUUUAAUCCCAGAAUGCUCAGCUGGAAGACAUGGACCAAAAUGACAGUGACUUUCAAGGAACUGAUGGUUCAGGGUCUCUUGGAGGUCUUGAUGUUCGCAGGCAGAUCCCAAUCAAGUUACUGUCUAAACAGUCGGUAAGAGGCAAACCAGCUGCCCGACCUCAGAGGCCCAAUACCAGGCUGCCCUCAAAAAGUGAUGAAGAGCAUUUCAGCCAUAACCAGGAAGAAAGGUCUGAGUGCAAAUCUGGAGAUGCUUAUGGAAAUCAACGCAGAUUCCCUCAACCAAUCUUCUGGGAUUAUAAGCUCAAUUUGGUUGGAGAAAAAGAUGACACGCCAGUUCAUUUUUGUGACAAGUGUGGCAUGCCCAUUAAGACUUAUGGGCGAAUGAUUCCCUGUAAGCAUGUUUUCUGCCAUGAUUGUGCAGUUCACUACGAGAAGAAAUGUGACAAGAUGUGCCCUGGUUUAUCCCUCUACAGCUGCACAGAACAGGUCCAGCGUAUCGAGCAGUGCCAGCGUGGUUCCCUUUACAUGUGCAGCAUUGUGCAAGGCUGCAAACGCACCUACCUCUCGCAGCGAGACCUACAGGCACACAUCAAACAUCGCCACAUAAGGGCCAGCAAAGCUGGAAGCUCUCGCCCAGAACCGCCACACCCAUCCCUAGCCUCAGACCCACCAGACCGCUUUCGGUUGCCACCACCACCCCACCUGCCCAAGGGACACCAUCUGAUCCCUCCCCCACUGCAAGGUCAUGAUGGUUACAACCAACCUCCCCCAGUCUCACCCUCCUCUUCCGAUCUGGGGCCUUCCCCUCGCUCCCUUCCACAAGAGACCUUCCGGAUUGCCACCUUGACUACACGUAAACACAGCAACCUCAUCACAGUGCCCAUCCAUGAUGACUCUGGGAGCUCCGGUCCCUCCUCACGUGAGCCCCACCCUCAGACUCCUCCUGGCCCACCUCCACACCACCACCCUGGAGACUACUCCAACCAGUCUGUGGUAUCCCACCCUCAUCACAUAAUGCCUCCGCCACAACAGCCACACUAUGGGCCUCCACCACCCCCACCUCCCCCUCUCAACAUCCCAAUGCAGCAUCCGCCCCAGGGCUCGGCUGCACCUCACAUGGUUUAUAACCAAGCACCUCCCAUGUCAACUGCUCCCCCACCGAUCACCCCUCCACCUGGACACAUCAUUGGCCAUAUGCCACCAUAUAUGAAUCACCCAUCACCUGGCAUAAUUUCCCAACAUGUGGGUCCACCUGUCAGUGGCCCCCCUCCUCACCACUACAACCCCAACUCAAUGUCCCAGGACCAAGGCACUCUUAGCCCUCCCUUUACCCAACCAGGGGGCAUGAGCCCAGGGAUGUGGCCCAAUCCACGUGGCCCUCAUCCACCUCGUAUGCAGGGGCCACCACCACAGGGACAGAUGCCUGGGCCACACCACCCUGACCAGUCACGGUAUAGACCAUAUUACCAGUAGCAUACUGUCUACGUCAGCUCUGUUGGACAGUGUGAGCUACUUAGUAUAUUAAAGAACUGAAAAAACAUGCAGUUAAAGGGAUAGUUCACACAAAAAUGUUAUUGUUUACUCACCCUCUUGUUGUUCCAAACCUGUAUGACAUUCUUUCUUAAUGGGAUCACAAAAGGAGAUGUAAUUCAUAACCAUUCAUUUCUUUAUUGCAUUUCGUUUUUCUUUUCAGUGAAAGAUGAUUGCAUGGGUUCAGAACAUCAUAAGGGUGAGUAAAUGAUGAUAGAUUUUAAAUUUUUGGAUGAACUAUCCCUUUAAAACUCUUAAUCAUUUUGGUUGAACACUUUCUGUUCUUAACACUUCAGUUUUUUGAAAGGAUUUUGUACCCAACAAAUGCAAUAAAUGAAACUUGAACAUGUGCAUUUUAUUUCACGUUUUGAGUUUGAAUUUCAUAAGUUUUUGUGUACAAAGAUUGAACCUAGGUAACAAUUUUAUGAGAAUCUAUCAGUGUACCCUGUAUGUUGUGUUUGUUCUAGGGAUGCACCGGUGUAUCGGCUGCCUAUAUUUAUCAGCCAGUUAUUAACCAAAUUAUAACCAUCGGCAAAUCUGUAAUAAGCAUGAAAACGCUAAUAUGAAAUAACCAUGUUUAUAGUUAAUUAGUAAUAGUUUUCAAAAACUCUGUGAAUUCAAAUGCACAAUCCAAAAAUAAUAAUUGCCAAAAUUUAUAGGCUUGUCACUUAAGAACAUGUUGUAUUCUGUCUUGUUCCUAAGUUAAUGUGGAAAAAAAAGCCAUAAAUGGACAUGACAGUUGUGAAAGCUGCACUUACCUAAAGGCUACAUGAUGAGGAAAACCAUCUAAAACGCUUUGAAACCAGUAGACUUUGACUUCAGAUACAUCGGUAUGAUAUCCAUUAAUGCUGCAUGAUUGAUUGAAUUAAGAUUGAAAUUGUGAUCAAGAUCAAAAAUGUUUUAGAAGUACAAAAUGACCUUUUUUUCAAAUCAAUCAUUACGCUAUCAUAUUUAGGCAUUUUUUUUUUUUUUGUAUCUUUCAUUGUGGCUGUCUUUAAAAUGUUAGCUUGUCAUGUGUUCAAAAGAUACAAUGUUCAAUGGAAAUUAUGCAAUUAUUUAUUGUUAGAACAGUGAAAAAGCUUUUGUACCUCUGUACAUUUUUAAGCAUUCCUAAGUAAAACAGUGAUCUGAUGGCAAAAUGUCUGUAUCCGUAUCGUUAUAGGCCUACAGAUUCUUGUUAAAAUCAUAUUGGCCAACCAUUUUUAUAUAGGUGCAUCCCUAGUUUGUUCAGUGAUGCACAUUCUGGUGUUCCUGAGAGAAAAUAAUAUUUGUGAAUAUCGGUGUAUUCUCUUUUAAAAAUAACACCUAAGCUUUUAUUUUAAAGUUAAUAUGUCUCAGAAAAUGUAUAUUCCAGAGCACUGCAUUACUUUUUAGCCUUGAUUUGUUAUGCAAACAUAAAGAUGUAAAGGCAAGAGUCAUGUUACUAAACUAAUUUCUGAUUGAUCCACCAGGGGGCGUACUCAGUCAAGAGCUGCUGUAUCUAGAUAUAUGUAAACAAAACAGUGCUCCAUACCAUUUAGCCUUGUGGCAUGGGAAAAAAGUGGAAUUAAUAUGAAAGCAAUUUACUUGGUUGACAAAUUGUUCUUUAGCUCCUUUCAUUGUUCAUGAGUAAUAAAUUGUAAAGAAAUAAAGGCUUUAUUUAAAAGUCACAGAGGGAGAAAAGAAAAAAGGUACAAAACAUGGUUGUUUAUGAUUAAAUUUAAAGGUGCACUCAGUAACUUUUGUCUUUAUGUUAUCUUGGACUUACACUGACACCUAGUAGCUUCGAUGCAGCAUCAUUUAAAAUCAAUAGUUUUCAGUGUCAGAUGCCAUUGUAGAAAUGUAGUUUUCACAGUCAGCCAUGAUUACUUUAAUCAAUGAGUGAAAGUGUGAAAUAACAGGACUGUUACUGAGAUUAAGAGAGUAGUAUUCGGCUGGUCAUGUGAUUCUAAAAUGGCUGCCCCCAUGUGCGGACCCUCUCCAUGUAGAAUAAAACAGCUUUUAUAAGGUUAUGAUUGGGGUCUUCAUUUUAAUGUGAGUGCUCAUGAUUUCCUACAUAUAUUGCAACAUUACAAUUCAUGUCUUUAGGAGUUAAUCUUUUUUAAUGAGGAAAAAAUUACUAAGUGCACCUUUAAGAACUAUAAUGUAAUUUUAAAACUUUGAAACAUAAGAAAAAAGGUAAUCAUACAAGGAAUAGACAGAGGAAAUGAAAUGAAGUACAACAACAACAAAAAUGUUUUACGAAAUGUCAAAGUGGUUAUUUUGAGGA